AUGGCUCCAACUGUUUUAAAUCCGAGCUCAAACAUGAACAAUCCAAAAAAGUCUGCCCCGACACUCAAUGAAACAUUUCUUGGUUUGCUCUAUCCAACGGAAAACUACAAAGUGUAUGGUUAUUUAACUAACACCAAGGUGAAGUUCAUAAUGGUAACAACAGAUCUCGACGUCCGAGAUGCAGAUGUGAGAAAUUUUAAGCGCUUUCUGAUUUCAAAGAUGGAAUCUGGACAGCAUUGUAAUAUUUCCAAUUUUAACAAACCUACCUCUGCUGCUACUGAAGAAGACAACGUAAGAAAAGGUGAUUCUUCAUCAAGUUCACCUAAUGUUGAGCUGAGCUCAACCUAUGAAAAUGAACCAAUUCUUAUGAACUCGCAGAAUGUCUCCUAUAUUUACAGACAAGAUGUUGUAAAAAGCAAAACUAACAGUAAGAUAGGCAUUGUGACCGAAGUUGCUGGUGACUCAGAUUCAGAUAGCAGCAUAUCUGAUGAUGAAGAUGGGGAUGAGGAUGAUGAUGAGGAUGACGAAGUUGGUUCUAAUGAGGAUGGUGAUGUGGAUAAUGGAAAUUUUGAUGAGAGCGCUGAUGAAAUUAUUGACAAUAAUAACAGUAAGAGCAGUCCUCUUUCCUCUGACCAAGUUAGAGUUCUCUGGAUGGAUGAGUCUGAAACAACAGAAACUACUACUGAUGUGACAGUUGUAGAUAGAGGAUUUUUACAUGGGGAUUAUGUUGCUGCUGCCUCUGAUCCAACUAAUCAAAUAGGUAUCGUGGUUGAUGUCAGCAUCUCUGUCGAUCUAUUAACUCACGAGGGAUCUAUUUUGAAAGGUAUAUCAUCUAGAAACUUGAAACGCAUUAGGGAUUUUACCGUUGGUGAUUAUGUAGUCCUUGGACCCUGGCUAGGUAGAGUUGAUGAUGUUUUGGAUAAUGUAACGGUUUUGCUUGAUGAUGGCUCUGUAUGUAAAGUCACGAAAGCUGAUCCACUCCGUCUAAAACCCGUUGAUAAGAACAUUCUUGAAGAUGGACACUUUCCAUAUCAUCCGGGCCAGCGUGUCAAGGCAAGCUCCUCCUCAGUUUUCAAAAAUUCUAGGUGGCUAUCUGGAUUGUGGAAAGCUAAUCGGUUGGAGGGUACUGUAACCAAAGUUACCAUUGGUUCUGUGUUUAUUUAUUGGAUUGCAUCUGCUGGGUAUGGGCCUGACUCUGCUACGACCCCAGCUGAAGAACAGAGUCCCAAGAACUUAAAAUUAUUAUCUUGUUUUGCACAUGCAAACUGGCAGUUGGGUGAUUGGUGCCUUCUUCCAUCAUCUCUGGUAUCAUCCUCCACGUGCCUGGACAAGGGAUUAUCAAAACUAGAGACUUCCAGUUCUGCUAAAGAUGAACCAGAAGCUGCUGAAACAGAAGAUGAGUCCGAUGCAGAAGUGAUGAAUUCAGAGGAACCAAAUGGGAACACUAUACCAAUGGCAAAUAAUGAAGAUGCUUCUUUGGAUAUAAACAGCCAAACAUUCAAGAAUAAUACCGCUGAAGAAUUGAAAAUAUGCACCAGUUCUAUGUCAGUUACAAAGGAAAGUGUCCACGAGACCUGGCCCCUUCAGCGUAAAAAGAUCCGUAAAGUUGUAUUAAGGAAGGACAAGAAAUCCCGAAAGAAAAUAGAAAAUUUUGAGAGGGCUGUUUUGAUUGUCAAUACAAAGACGAAAGUUGAUGUUGCCUGGCAGGAUGGAACAAUAAAGCAGGAUUUGGACUCCACAUCUUUGAUCCCUAUCGAUAAUCCCGGUGAUCAUGAGUUUGUUGCCGAACAGUAUGUAGUGGAGAAGGCUUCUGAUGACAGUGACGAUGCUGUUGAGAUAAGACGUGUUGGAGUAGUGAAAAGUGUCAAUGCUAAAGAGCGGACAGCUUCUGUUAGGUGGUUAAAGCCAGUUGCCCGGGCAGAGGACCCCAGAGAGUUUGAUAGAGAGGAAGUCGUAAGUGUUUAUGAGCUAGAGGGGCAUCCUGACUAUGACUAUUGUUAUGGAGAUGUAGUUGUUCGGUUGUCGCCUGUUUCUGUACCAGGGGAAGUUGAUUCUUUCAUGGAGUCUGUUGAAGAACCAAACCAGAAUAUUAGUUCAAAUGAAUCUAAGCAAGAUAAGAAAAGACGUCCUGGAAGUAAGAAGGUACUGAGCUCAUCCGGUGAUGAUGUGCCUAGUGAAUUUUCAGAUCUCUCUUGGGUUGGGAACAUCACUGGGCUAAAGAAUGGUGACAUUGAAGUUACCUGGGCUGAUGGGAUGAUCUCAGUGGUUGGUCCGCAGGCAAUUUAUGUUGUUGGUCGUGACGAUGAUGAGUCUAUUGCCACUGGUAGUGAAGCUAACGAUGAUGCAGGUAGCUGGGAAACUGUUGAGGAUGACGAUUCGGAAACUGUUGAGAAUUCCAAACAGGACCUCAGAACAGACAAUGAGAGUGACAUCAGACCGGAAUCUGAGGAGAGCAACAUUGUUGCAGAAAAUUCUGGAAAGAAUGGAGCUCUCUCAAUUCCCCUUGCUGCACUUGGAUUUGUGACUAGACUUGCCUCUGGAAUAUUUUCAAGGGGACGGCAGCGCACGAAUCUAAUGGAUUUGGAUUCCAUAAGUGAAGAUGAACUUCAAUCUGAGGGAUCCACUCUAGAAAGAGACACAAACAAUGAAUUGAGCUGCCAGAAAUCUAGUGAUAGUGACAAUCAUCUUGCAACGAUUCCUGCUAAUGGAAAGGGGGAGGAAAAUGAUGCAGCAGAGGCCCAAGAUUUAUUAGAAAUUGCUGAAGCUCUUUGUAACUUGAAACCGCCAGGAGCAGCUCCAGCUCCAUGUGACGAGGACACUUCUAGGUUCAAAGGCUUUGAUAUUGUUAGAAAUCCUUGUGACCAUUAUUUUCUUGGUGCACAUGGGCAGAAUAAUGCUGGUAGGAAGUGGCUCAAGAAAGUUCAACAAGAUUGGAACAUUCUUCAGAAUAAUCUCCCUGAGGGGAUAUAUGUGCGUGUCUAUGAAGAUAGAAUGGAUCUUUUGAGGGCGGUGAUAGUUGGAGCAUAUGGUACACCUUAUCAAGAUGGCCUUUUCUUCUUUGAUUUUCACCUCCCACCAGAAUAUCCUGACGUUCCACCUUCAGCAUAUUAUCAUUCUGGAGGGUGGCGAAUAAAUCCAAAUUUGUACGAGGAAGGGAAAGUCUGCCUUAGUCUUUUGAAUACAUGGACAGGUAGAGGAAACGAGGUUUGGGAUCCUUCAUCAUCAAGCAUUCUUCAAGUCCUGGUUUCACUCCAGGGACUAGUACUAAAUUCCAAGCCAUAUUUCAAUGAAGCGGGAUAUGAUAAACAAAUUGGGACGGCUGAAGGGGAGAAAAAUUCAUUGUCUUACAAUGAGAAUACAUAUUUGUUGAACUGUAAGACAAUGAUGUAUCUGAUGCGGAAACCUCCAAAGGACUUCGUAGAGCUUGUCGUCCAACAUUUCAGAAGACGUGGCUACUAUAUUCUCAAGGCUUGUGAUGCUUAUAUGAAGGGACACCUGAUAGGCUCACUCACAGAGGAUGCUUCCAUUAGCAGUAAUAACCAUGGUAACUCAAAUUCAGUUGGUUUCAAGCUGAUGCUGGAUAAAAUUGUGCCAAAACUUUUCUUAGCUUUAAAUGAAGUUGGAGCUGACUCCCCAAAGAGGAAUUGUUCUGCCGUAAUAGAUUUGACGAAUGACUAA